AUGUCGUUCUCAAUAUUAGCCACUGGAGACCUCGUUAUCCAUGGCCCUGUCAAUCGUCCGAUUGGCGAAGGAACAGUGUACGACCACCUGCGUACCACAGACUCCUGCUUUGCAAACCUGGAGAUGCCUUUUGCAAAGAGUGGUUGUGCAACCGAAAAACUCAUCGCACUCAAAACCGAUCCAGUCCAUGCCCAUAUCAUCCGUGAUCUCGGAGUCGAUAUUGUGACCGUUGCAAACAAUCACGCCAUGGACUAUGGUGUAGAAGGGCUGCGUGACACUCUCCAGGCUCUGGAGAGAUCCGGAAUCUCCCACGUCGGGGGCGGAGAGAAUGUCUCAGAGAGCUUUGCACCUGUUUUGAAGGAUAUAAAGGGUAUCAAAGUUGCAUAUAUUGGUGUGACGACGACGUUGCCAAAUGGCAGUGGUGCUGGCACCUUGCGUCCCGGACUGGCUGGCGUGCGUGUCUUCACCAAGUAUGUUGUUGACAGUGUGACGCUCGACGAGACACCUGGUAUGUCUCCAUUUGUUGAGACGGUCACCUACAAGAAGGAUGAGGAGAUACUUUUGCAGGCCAUCAGAGACGCAAAAGCUCAAGCUGAUCUUGUGUUGGUGGCGAUUCAUUGGGGUGUACCUUAUGGAUGGGUUGCCUCCACCCAGGAUGAGAUUGCAACUUACCAGCAGCCCUUGGCACAUGCUAUGAUUGACGAGGGAGCAUCUGCAAUCUUUGGGCACCACCCGCAUGUUGUCCAAGGUGUCGAGUUCUACAAGGAUGCGCCUAUAUUUUACAGUUUGGGCAACUUCAUUUUCAGCAACAACAUUGUUGAACCCGACACUGAAACACGGAAGUAUCCUCCUUAUAGCUGGACCAGUCUGCAAAGUUCUGUGUCAAAUAUCGGCGCUUUGGGAAAGGUGUCUUGGAAUGGGGGCAAUAUAUCGAGCUGUUCACUAAUUCCCCUCAAGCUUGCCGAGGAUGGUGAGCCUAUUGAGGCUACGAUGGAUGAUGCUGAGCUGCUCUUAUCACGCCUAAAUACGCUUUCUAGGGGUCGUGGAGUCGCGUUUGAACUGAAAAAGAUGGUAAGUGGCUUUGAAGUCUUUAUUACCGAGGGAUAG